AUGGAUAGUAGUCCUAAAUGUCCUUUUGGAUUUUAGACAGAACCAAGUAAAGAUUCUCCUGUGAAGAAAGUGAGCUUUAAGGAAUUUCUUAUUCAGAGAUAAAGUGAUUAUAAAUCAUCAUUACCUACUGUUGUCUAAUCUAAGACUAGAAGAUGGGGAAAACAAUUAAGUUCUUUAUUAUCACCUGAAUUAUUCGCUUUUAGAUAAGCAUAAUCAAAUCAACAAAUACCAUUGAGUGAAAUAGUUAAAGUUGCUAGAAUCACUCAUACAAAAACAAACAAUGAGUACAAUUUUAAUUUUAUUGUAGCAAAGAAAAAGAAUACAAGAAAAUUAAAUCAGAAUCUAUAUCAAUACCGUUGCUUAAUAUACCAAUUACACCUACAAAUGGCUUUUUUAAAUUUUAACCAUAGCAUCGUAUGAGAAAAACUGGAAUGUAUAGUCUUAGAAAUUGUAAUGAACAAUUAGAAUAAAUUAAUAGAAAAUAAAAGUCUAAUGUUAACAAUUUUUCUCUACCUUAACUCACUUAAGAGGAGAUUAUUACAUAAUUUUUUCAAACCAAAUUUUAAAAAUCAAAUGAAAAUGAUGUAAUUUAUGAUUCAUUUACAAUUAAGGAAUUAUUACAUAAACCAAUCGGAUCCAGUGCAAGAUUAGAUUAUGAAGCUAAUAUUCUGUUUACAAAGAUUACUUCUGAUUAUACUUUAUAUUAAAAAUACAAAGGAAGACAUAUUAGACAUUUGAAAGAAGUUUAUCGUAGUUUAUUAGGUGUUGGAUAUGAUAAAGAAAUUAUAAUGGAUCCUGGAAGACUUAAAAGUAUCCAUUCUUAAUUAAAUAUAAAAAAUGAUUAGUUUUUAAGAUUUAAAUACUUAUUCAUUAAUUAGUUUCUCGAAAUGGAAACUCCUUUGGAUUUAUUUUUUAAAGGUUGUCACAAAAUAGAAAGUUUUAAACCAUUAGUUUUAAAUAAAGUAAAUACACAUUAAAAUUUAUAAAUAGCCUUUAGAUUUCGAAAUCUAUGGUUAAGAUGUAGGAAUUAAGAAAAUUACAGAAUCUAUGUAUGAUAAAAUAUUUAAAGAUUAUACACUUUCUCCAUAUUUUAUAUUGAUUGAUAAAGAAACUCAAGCAAAGAAAUUUUCUCGUUUAUUUGCAUAGUUAAUUGAUCAUACUGAUUCUCCAAAUUAUACUUUAGAAAUAUUAAGAGAAAGACAUAUUUAAUAUAAUUUAACUUUAGUUUAAUUUGCAAAUUUUAAAUUUUAUCUUUCAAUGACUUUGUAAUAAUAAUAAAUAGGAUUCAAACACAUUAGAUCUUUAUUGAGAAAAAUGGAUACUUAUAAAUAUGCUAUUUUAAACAAAGAAAGUUUAUAAGAAACAUUAAAUGCUUUUGGAUAUAAAGAGUUUAUAGAUGGAUUGGUUAAGUAAUGUUAAACUGAGCCAAUUUUAUUUGAAUUAUUUAAUAAAAGAGGUAAGCACAGAUUUACAGCUCAUUGUGAAAAUAUGAUUCAUUUUUUUUUUCGAGAUAAUGUAAAAUCAAUAACAGAUUAAGAUAUAGAAUAAAUACAUAAAUGUAAUGCCAUAAUUACAGAAAAGGUCUUUUUAAAAAUGAAGGAACAUACAUUUUAAUCCCUAAAAAAAAUAACAAAAGAUGCUCUUAUAAUUUCUGAUUUUGAAGAAGAUUGGGAAGAAAUAACACCUUUUAUACUAAACCGAUCAAAAAAACAAAUUGUUAAAUAAAUGGGAGGCUAAACUUUCAUUAGUAAUCUUGCCUCUACUUUAGCCUUUGAAAUGUAAUAAAGACCAUAAUUAAACAAAGUUUUUGAGGUACAGAUUAAUUAAUAUAAUUAUAAUAGGAUAAUGAUACUUGUAUUGUAUAGAAUCUAAGAUGUAAAUUAAAUUUAAUGCUUUAUGGAAUUCAUUUCUAUAAAAAAACAGAAUUAGAGGUUCUUCAUAAAAGAUUAAAAAUAUCAGAAUAAGUUUAUUUUGAAUUUUAAUAAGUAAAAAUUAUUAAAUUAAUAAGGCCACUAAACACAUUCUUGAAAAUUUUCCUAAAUUGUAAUGGUUAAAUAAAAUUUUGGAAGAUUAUAAAAAACAUAUUGUUUCUGAUUGAUGAUAACUUUAAUGCAUAUUUUAUUUUUGAUUAUAAUGGGUAUUUUUAAUAAAUAUAAUAAUGUUUUCUGCAUCAGAACACUCAAAGUCAGUUAAGACUUGUUCAUUUAAGGAAUUCAUAGAACUUUUAUCAACUGAUAGAAAGUAAACGCUACCAAUAUUAAAUAAACGAAAAUCACAGUAGACUCUUGGAAGCAUUAUACAUCAUCAUAACGAUAGUGCAUAACUAAAAGAUAUCCAAUUAGCUUAAAAUAUACGACAUGUAUAAAAUAAUAAUAUUAUUGAAUAUGCCAUAAGCUUGUCGUAGUUAAGGCAUGAUAGCUAUAUAAACUUAACAAUAAGACUCAGAAAUAAAUAAUAAUAAUAAUAUGAGAUUCAAGUAAAUAAUAGAUAGUCCUUCAUAUAAGAGCUCGAAUCAUUUAGUUUCAUAUGAAAAAAGUAGUUUUAGUUAACAUUUUCGGAUAACAUCUUAAAGAUCAAGUCCAUAAUAGAAAAAAAUAAGUAUUAUAAGAAAUCAUCAGUUGUUUGUUGAUGUAGUUAAAGGGUCUGAGAGAAUAAAAAAUGAUAUAGGUUGUCCUCAUAGUCCUCAACUUUAGAAGUCGCAAUAGUAGAUAAUUUCAGGAUAUUUGAAAGAUUUAGCAAUGUAAAUUUACUAAUUAAUUAAUAAAGAAAAAGAAGAGUCGUAUAAAAACCAUAAGGAAUAGAUGCAAGAUUGGAUUUUGAGACAGAAUUAAUUUAUUCUGCUUUAACAUAGGAUGGUGAUUUAGCUAAGAAAUUUUAUAAUAAAACAGGAUCUCAUGUUAAAUAAAUAUUCAGAAAUAUAUUAGCUACAGGAUAUGAUUAAUAGAUCUAUUUAGAUUUAAAUAGGAUUCGAAGUAUUCAUUUAGGUUUGAAUUUAAAAAGUUUCCAUUUCUUCAGAUUUAAAUAUCAUUUUAUGAAUAGAUUUAUGUAGAUGGGUAUACCUGUAGAAUAAUUAUUUAAAUGUUGUGAGAGAAUAGAAAAUGUGAGACCUUAUAUUUUAAAUGAAAAAAUGGAAUAUGAUGUAUAUGGUGGUUAAGAUGGUAUUGAAUUGUGUGCAAAUUAAAUGUAUGCUAAAAUAUUUGCAGAUAUAACAUUGGAAUAUUAUUUUGUGGGAAUUGAUAGAGCAACUUAGGCAUCAAAAUUUGCUAAACUUUUCUUUUAAUUAAUUUAUCAUAUGGAUUCUCCAAAUUAUACAAAUGAAGUUUUAAGAGAGAGACAUGUUAAAUACGAAUUAACUAAUGUAUAACUUACAAAUUUUAAAUUUUAUCUUGCUUUAACUUUAUAAGAGUUAUAAGUUCCUUUUAAAUAUGCGAGUGCAUUACUUAGAAGAAUGGAUAUUUAUAAAUAUGCUAUAAUUAAUAAAAAUAGUUUAUAAGAUUAUAUAUGUAAUUAUGGUUAUAAUUAAUUUAUUGAAUAAUUUGUUAAAAGUUGUUUAGAAGAGCCAGUUUUGUAUGAUUUAAUUUAAAGAAGAGGAAAGGCUAAAUUUACAGGUCAUUGUGAAAAUAUAUUUCAUUACUUUUUUCGAUAUAAUGUUAAAGCAAUUACUUUAGAUGAUUUAGAAGAAAUUCAUUAUCAUAAAACAAUAAUUACUGAUAAGAUUUUUAUGAAGUUAAAAGAAAAAGCUAUGGCUGAAGUAGCUAAACUUACAGAUGAUCGUAUUGUUUUAGAAGAUUUUGAUGAAGAUUGGGAUGAAAUAAAACCAUUGAUUUUAAGUGAUCCUAGAAUGUCUUAUCUAAAAACAAAAGAUAGAGAUGUUUUAAUAAAUGAAUUAGCAUAUAAUUUAGAAAAUGAGUUGUAUUCACGAUAAUUAAACGUUAUUUAUGAAGUAUUUUGAUUUAUAAUAAUAUUUAGACAGAAGAAAUAAAUAUGAUGAGAAAUAUCAAAAGCAAGUUGAAUUUGUUAGUUUAUACUAUUAAGUUCUUUAAGAGAACUGAUUUAGAAGUAAUACAUAGGAGAUUCAGAAUCAGUGAAAGUUAAUAUUUUGAUUUCUAAUAAAGCUUUAAAUCACUUUUAGAGAAAGUUCCUGAACUUCACUAUAUUCAUGGUUUAUUAGAAGAAUAUAAAAAAUAUAUUGUUUCGGAUUGA